AUGAAUUAUUUAACAUUACAACAACAACUAUGGCAAGAUUAUUUUGAUAUCGGUAUGAACGAUGGUGUUUGGGCUCCACGAGUAUCGAAGUCAAAAGCUAAAGAACAUAAUACAUGUGUAUCAUAUGGUCAAUCAGAGAAAUUUGUUGAACAACGUCAAAAAACAAUUCAACAUCAAUUGAAUCGUACUGAACGCCAAUUACAACAACAUCUCGCUCAACUACCAGAAUGGAUAGGAAAAGUUCAACCUUCCAUUGAUUCAACAUUUCUCUCAAAUGCCAUUCAAGCAAUGAUAAAAAAUGGUCUCUAUCGCUUAAAUGCUUAA